CUGACCAUCGGAAGUAGACACAUUGUUACGUCAGAUAAUCAGCUGGAGCUGCAAAAUCACAGGACUGCUUGCAAUACUGCUGGUGGCAGUGAGUGCUGCAUUGCUGGAUAACUUUACUGGAAUCACUUUGGGCUCUAUGCCUUGUUUUUUAACCAUUCGUUGAUAGAAAGUGGGCAAUGCCUGGUCAUGAGGACACGUAACUGCUGGUAUUGAUGGAAGUAGCUAACUAGCUAGCCAGUUAAAUUAGCUACCAACGUGUUCUGCAGUUUCCCACAUUAGUUAGCGAAAGGAAAUAACGGAGAGUAAGCAAUUAUUUAAGCUGGGAACGAUUUGUUAGGUUGCAAUAUAUUAUUUAUCUGAGUUACGCCUUUAGCUAACACGGUUGUUUGCACGAGAACACGUUGUUGUUCCCUCCAUAAAUAAAUACUGGGUUAUUGAUUCAAAAUGAACGCACUCCAGAAUAACUCAGUAUAUUCCCUUUUUUCAAACGAGGACGACGUUCGUGCAAUCGAAGACGCAACCAGAGCAGCUAUAAAGGUAGUCCUUGAUGUUUUCUGGACAAUAAACAACAACAACAUGCAUGAAUACCAAAGGAAUGUGGCCGAGAAAGAUAGAGAAAACGAAAUACUGAGAAUCCGAAUGGAAUCUGCAGAAAGAGAACUCGUAGCGUUGCGUCAGUUCAAGCACUCAGUGGAACAGUAUGGUCUUAACUCAGGUGACACUCAUGGGCGAUAUUCCUGUCAUUCGACUGAGAAGAACGGAAAGCAGCGUCUGUGUGUGGUGCCAGUUACGCACGAUGAAGAGAAAGAGGUGCUGAGUGAAGGUGCGUGGAAGAGAGAUAUGAGUUCAUACCAGAGGACACAUCCUCAGGAGAGGGAGGCUACUGCAUGCCGUCGGGGGAGCCCUGCAGUGACGGACUUAAAUCACGAGGUACCCAGUGAGAGGACCACAAGCUCCAUCUCAUUACAGGGCCAGUCAGGUGGGCAGCCAGAAUGUGACAGGACCUUGACUACCACCAAGGUGAAAGAGGAACCUCCUGACUUUCAGAGCCUCUACAUCAAGUGGGAGAUGUCAGAGGAGAGUGUCAGAAGUGUGGAGUGUGAACAUUACCCAGGACCGCCUGCCGUUGUUCCUCCCUUUGCUCCCUUAUCCCAGGACAGAGUGGGGGAUCAUUUGGCCCUGGGAGCCCAGAACAUCAGCUUUGCACUCUUUGAGCAGCCAAGAGACAGAGUGGCAGCCUCAGUAUCUAGUCAGAGAAAGCCGCUUUCAAGCAGGGAGCGACAGCAGAAGUACAGAGAGAAGCUCCGAACAGACCCAGAAAAACAGCGUGCCUACAGAGAGAAGGACAGAAACAGGCAACGUAACAGGAGAAGGCAGCUCCGGGACCUGCCAGAACACAACCAGAAGCUCAGGAGGGAGUACUGGAGGGAGGCAUCCAGGCGCUACCGUGCCCGGAAGAAAAACUCUGAAUCCAGAUGACUCCUAUCCAUGACCGCUUGCACCAACUGUUGGAACUAGUUCACUGGAAAGUUGAUUUUAUUUUACCUAAUUUGACCACAGCUGUGUGCUGGCUCAUGUGACCACUGUAGCUCCCCGGUUUUAUGGCAGUGAUCAAUCUCAUUGAAUGAUGCAGCUCAUCCACGACCUGGAGCCAAAGUUGAACUGACCUUAAACAAGCCUUUGGGCAACUGUGAUGCUAGCACUCUGUUCUUCAACUAUGAGUCUACAUAGAUAAGGAAUAAACUGAAAAUUAAAGGUACAAUAGGUAAGAUUUUUGUGUUACAAUUGUUACAAGACCAUUGUAAAUCCAUUCCUAUUUUUGAACAAGGCUCACUGACAUGUUGACUCACCCUCUGCCUGUGUUUAUAGUCCUUAAAUUCUGGAACAUGCACAAGCAUAAACCUUGUCCAUCAACAAUGGCAGUCUACCAGCAAGCGAUCCUUAGAUCCUACUGUGGUGAAACCAAAGAAAAUGAGAAGAAUGCAUAGCGACAAAUCUUGGGCCGUGUUUAGCUGAACCUCUAUUUGUCUCUUACUGUAUGUUACAGUUGCAUUGUUUAUGGUAGACUAUCAUACCUUAGUUAUGAAGCCAGCUAGUUACAUAGGCAAAUAACUUACUUGCUCAUAAUAUAGUUGGUUAGGUAAAGUUAAAACUUCAAGAAGACAAAAAAAAUAAACAUAAAUCGUAUGCUUCUGGAGUGUCCCUUUAUGCUGCAAUCCUCAAACAAGCUGGCUCUGUAGCAGCCACACUCAAGGCAAUGCCUAAUAACAGUGAUCAUGCCAACCACCAUACCAUUUUGUACCCUUCUCAUGGACGCUGCUGAACUUUUGUGUGCUCAUGGUUAGAAUUUGGAUAGGAGAUGUUUCCGUAAACUUAAGUUGCUGCUGGAGGAGUGGGCACUCUUCCCUCCUAAUGCCGGACACUGAUGCUUGUGGAACUUGCAGUCUUUUCUGAUGAAAUUCCCCCAAAAAAGUACUGCACUAUCACCUGUUACUGUAAAAACAAUGAGUCCUAAGGCAUCUGCUUCCCUUAUUGCCCCAAAGAAAAUUACAUUAACUCCCUUGUACUACCAGCUUUUCACUGUGACUAUGCUCUCUUUCAAAACACUCAAAACAUAAACAAUACAACAAUCCCCGUGAUUUCCACUCUUAAAGCUGCGUAUUCACAUUUACCAACAUGAUGAGCCUUGCUUUAGUAAUGAGCUAUGCAAAAACCGUCGACGAAGUUAAAAGAUUGUUCGCAAGGGGGCGCGCUCACGAAACUUUGACAUGUUUCGACAACCUCUGACUGUCGGAAGUAGAUGCACUGUUUUGUCAGGUGAUCUGCUGGAUCUUGAAUCUUCACAAUCAUAACUGCUCACAAUACUGCUUCUGACAGACUUCAAAUGAAUGUUGCUUGCAGGAUCAUUUCAAAUUAUUGACUAUUGAUGGAAGUAACUAGCUAGCCAUCUAUAUUAGCUACAAACAUAACGGCGAUUAAGCAAGUAUUGAAGCUGGGGACGAUUUGUCAGCUUGUAAUAUAUUAUUUAUCUCAGUAACGCUAUCUAGCUAACUGGGUUGUUUGCAGGAUACCACAGGGUUGUGCCUUCCAGAGGUAUAUAGUAUUGAGUUGGAUGCCACCCAUUUUAAAAUGAAUGCACUCCAGAAUAACCCAGUAGGCUUAUAUUCCUUGUUUUCAAACGAGGAUGACGCUCGUGCAAUCGAAGACGCAACCAAAGUAGCUAUAAAGGUAGUCCUUAACGUUUUCUUCACAAUAAGCAACAACAAAAUGCAAGAAUACCGCCGAAGUGUGGACGAGAAAAACCAAGAAAACGAAAUGCUGAGAAUCCGUAUGGAAUCUGCAGAAAGAGAACUCGUAGCGUUGCGUCAGUUCAAGCACUCAGUGGAACAGUAUGGUCUUAACUCAGGUGACACUCAUGGGCGAUAUUCCUGCCAUUCGACUGAGAAGAAUGGAAAGCAGCGUGUGUGUGGUGUGCCAGUUUCGCACGAUGAAGAGAAGGAGGUGCUGAGUGAAGGUGCGUGGAAGAGAGAUAUGAUGAGUCCAUACCAGAGGACACAUCCUCAGGAGAGGGAGGCUACUGCAUGCAGUCGGGGGAGCCCUGCAGUGACGGACUUAAAUCACGAGGUACCCAGUGACAGGACCACAAGCUCCAUCUCAUUACAGGGCCAGUCAGGUGGGCAGCCAGAAUGUGACAAGACCUUGACUACCACCAAGGUGAAAGAGGAGCCUCCUGACUUUCAGAGCCUCUACAUCAAGUGGGAGAUGUCAGAGGAGAGUGUCGGAAGUGUGGAGUGUGAACAUUACCCAGGACCGCCUGCCGUUGUUCCUCCCUUUGCUCCCUUAUCCCAGGACAGAGUGGGGGAUCAUUUGGCCCUGGGAGCCCAGAACAUCAGCUUUGCACUCUUUGAGCAGCCAAGAGACAGAGUGGCAGCCUCAGUAUCUAGUCAGAGAAGGCCUCUGUCAAACAGAGAGAGACUGCAGAAGUUCAGAGAGAGGCUCCGAGCGGACCCAGAAAGAUAUCGUGCCUACAGGGAGAAGGAAAGAAACAGGCAACGUAACAGGAGAAGGCAGCUCCGGGACCUGCCAGAACACAACCAGAAGCUCAGGAGGGAGUACUGGAGGGAGGCAUCCAGGCGCCACCGUGCCCGGAAGAAAAACUCUGAAUCCAGAUGACUCCUAUCCAUGACCGCUUGCACCAACUGUUGGAACUGUAGUGCACUGGAAUGUUGCACCCUGGAACCAAGUCGCUCAUCUGAACUGACCUUAAACCAGCCUUUGGGCAACUGUGAUGCUAGCGCUCUGUCUGCAACCAUGGGUCUGCAUAGAUAUGGAAUAAACUGCAUAUUAACACCCAUUCAAUGUUAUCAGUUUUGUUGUAGAAACCCGGAUGCACCAGCCCUCAAUUUGGAGUGCCACGGCAAAGGGUCUGAAUACUUAUGUAAAAGGGGGAUUUCAGUUUUAGAUUUUUAAUAAAGCUAAACCUUCCAAACAUG